GUGGUGCGGGGGUCUUAGGCGAGCCAUGGCGUCCCCCUCGUGGAGACUGCAGACCAAGCCAGUCAUUACUUGUUUCAAGAGCGUCCUCUUGAUCUACACUUUCGUCUUCUGGAUCACUGGUGUUGUCCUUCUUGCUGUUGGCAUUUGGGGCAAGGUGAGCCUGGAGAAUUAUUUUUCCCUUUUAAAUGAAAAGGCCACCAAUGUCCCCUUUGUGCUCAUUGGCACUGGCACUGUCAUUAUUCUUUUGGGCACCUUUGGCUGUUUUGCUACCUGUCGAGCUUCUGCCUGGAUGCUAAAACUGUAUGCAAUGUUUCUGACCCUAAUAUUUUUGGUCGAACUGGUUGCUGCCAUCGUAGGAUUUGUUUUUAGACAUGAGAUUAAGAACAACUUUAAGAAUAAUUAUGAGAAAGCUCUGACACAAUAUAACACCACAGGAGAUUAUAGAAGUGAUUCCCUAGACAAGAUACAAAAUAAAUUGCAUUGUUGUGGUGUCACCAAAUAUACAGAUUGGGAAGAUACUAAUUAUUAUGUCCAACACGGAUACCCAAAGAGCUGCUGUAAAACUGAAUGUACUCCGAACAAAGAUGCAAGUAAAGUAAACCACGAAGGUUGCUUUCUGAAGGUAACGACCACAAUAGAGUCAGAAAUGGGAAUCGUUGCAGGAUUUUCAUUUGGCGUUGCUUGCUUUCAGCUGAUUGGAAUCUUUCUCGCCUACUGCCUUUCUCGUGCCAUAACAAAUAACCAGUAUGAGAUAGUGUAGCCAACGGAUCUGCGGGUUUACUCCUCUCCAACUUUAAGUGUAAGAACAGUUGUCAGCCCUUUAUGAAAGAAAUAAUGAGAUCACCUGAUUGGUAGAUACUGGCCCAAUAAACUGAAAAGCUACUGAGACAACUUACCAAUAGACUGACUCUAUCAAGAUAGUAGUCCAAUAGGCUGACGAAAUCGACAUUUGCUCAAUAUGUUCAAAGUCCGCCACUUAUGUCCCAUUCAUGUGAGAUCAUUGCAACAUCUCCUAUUGCCCUGAAACACUGGAAGAGCUAGUAAAUUGCAAAUGAAAUGC